AUGAUUUCUGGUUCUCUAUCAGCACCUCUUUCAAGAAGAGAUGUCAAAGAAUCAGCAAUCCUUUGGAGAAAGUUGUUUCUGGACUCCUUAAGAGAAAGUUCUCAUGGAGCCAGCAGGCAAGCUGGUGUGGAUAAGCUCCGAGAGAAAUUGGGAGGCAAAAGAUACUUACUUGUUCUUGACGAUAUUUGGAAUGAAGAUAGACUAGCUUGGGAUGAUUUCGAAAGUGCUAUGGCUGGAAUUAACCCCAAUAAAGGAAAUGUCAUCGUGGUGACUACACGUCUUCAAAGUGUGGCAUCAAUUGUGAACACUUACAGAGAUCCAUACACCUUGAAAGUAUUAACAAAUGAUGAAUGCUGGUCUAUAGUCAAAGCAAGGACCUUUGGAGAUGAAGAAGUACCAGAACAAUUUGAAAUAGUUGGAAAGGAGAUUGCUUGCAAAUGUGGAGGUCUACCGUUAGCAGCAAAGACGAUCGGCGGAACUUUGCGAGGAAAGGAAGUUGGUGAUUGGGUUUCAGUUCUACAGAAUGGGCUUUCAAAUCCUGAUCUUGAAGCAAAUCAGAACAGUGUGAUGCAAGUGUUAAAGAUAAGCUUUGAUCGUUUGUCUUUUCCGUCCCUUAAAAAAUGUUUUGCCUAUUGUUCAAUAUUUGCCAAGGAUUCAAAAAUAGAGAGAGAUGAUUUGAUCCAACUCUGGAUGGCGGAAGGAUUUCUUCCGGAUAAUCCAGAAAAUAGUUUGGAAAGUUUGGGCAAUAGAUUUUUUAACAUUCUGUUGCAAAAUUCCUUCCUGCAAGAGGCUGUAAAGGAUAAGUAUGGCAAUAUCAUACACUGCAAGAUGCAUGAUCUUGUGCAUGAUCUCGCAUGCUCAGUUUCAAAUUCAGAAAGCUUUAAUGCGGAGGAUCGCUCUACUGAUGACAUUCCCAAAGUUAGAUACCUUGCAAUGAAAUCACUUGGAACGGAAACACAAGCAAUUACAGAAGAGAAAGCAAGUUAUGUGCGCACGUUGUUCUUGCAGAGCAGCUUACCUGACAAAAUUUUGCCAUGGUUCAAGCACCUGCACAUUCUAAAGUUAUGUGACGCAUACUUCAAAGAUCCACGGCACAUACCUUCGACGGCUUCCAGAAAGGCUAUGCGACUUGAGUAA